UGAUGCAGAAUGAGAGAAACCAGCAAUUGGUAAACUCACAGGUUUUGCCAUUGGGAUGAGUAGUUUUGGCUGCAAGGUAUGUGUUACAGGAGGUGCAGGCUACAUUGGUUCUUGGCUUGUCAAGAAGCUUUUACAGAAAGGCUACACUGUCCAUGCAACACUCAGAAACUUGGAUGAUGUGUCCAAAGUGAGCCUUCUGAAGAGCCUUCCUGAUGCAGAUGCAAGGCUUGUGCUGUUUGAAGCUGACAUUUACAACCCAACUGAGUUUGAGCCUGCAAUUGAAGGCUGUGAGUUUGUUUUCCAUGUAGCAACUCCCUUACAACACACUGAAAACUCCCAGUACAAGAACACAACUGAAGCUGCUAUAGCUGGGGCAAAGAGCAUUGCAGAGUCUUGUCUGAAAUCAGGAACAGUUAAGAGGCUAAUCUACACAGCUUCUGUGGUUGCUGCAUCUCCACUGAAAGAGGAUGGGAGUGGUUUGGGGGACUUCAUGGAUGAAACAUGCUGGACCCCUCUCCAUCUUUCAUUUGCUUGUUCUAAUGUUCAUCUCAAGGCCUAUGUAGAUUCAAAGACAUUGGCAGAGAAAGAAAUUCUGAGCUAUGGGAACAGCAAAAAUGCCGGACUUGAAGUUGUGACCCUGGCCUGUGGCCUUGUGGGAGGGGAUGCACUUCUGUCAUUCACACCCUUGAGUGUUGCUGUGUUUAUUUGUCAGCUUACAAGCAGUGCAAUUGAGUACCAAUCACUGAGAUUUCUAGAGGAAUUACUUGGGAAAAUUCCAAUCAUACACAUCGAUGAUGUUUGCGAUGCUCAUAUCUUCUGCAUCGAGAAUCCUUCGAUAAAUGGUAGAUUUUUAUGUGCAAGCUCGUCUGUUUCAUCUGCAGAAAUUGCUAGUUACUACCAGCAACAUUACCCCAAACUUCAAGUGAAGCCAGAGUAUUUGGAUGGACCAACAAGAGAAAUUGGCUUGGGUUCUACAAAGCUUAUUGAGAAGGGUUUUGUAUACAAAUAUGAUACCAAGACGAUAUUAGAAGAUUGCAUCAAAUGUGCAAAGACAAGGGGUGUCCCUGGCCUCUAAGAUCAACUGGUCCAAGAAGGCCUUGUAAUUUAUGAGUUUUUUUACGUGUACUAUUAGAAUUGAAUCUCAAAUUUCAAUUUAGGUUUUUGUAACUUACCAUCCUGGUUUUUGCUGCUCUGCUCAGCUGUGUUUGUAAACUAGUUGGAACCUGCGGUUUGCAUUAUUUGCAGGUACAAAUUAGUUUAGCUAUCCAUCACCUUUCAAAACAGGACAACCACCCAUUAAUGGGUUCAUUUAUCUACCCCACAAAUGCAUGAAUCAUUUAUCAAAAGUACAAUACAUGAACUUUCUUGAGAAAUA